UGAAUUGAGUGGGUUGAGGACGUUAUUGACCCGGCAAGUUGUCAUCCAUUUUUUCCUGCAUGAAGCUUCCGUUUGUGUCAUCUUUAAUUUGAUAUUUAUACCUGACCUGAGAUUAUUGUGACGGAAAAAAAUAUCAUUUCUUGGAGAACAUGUCGUUCAACCGAGGAACAAAGAGGGAUGCUUUUGGGAAUCGUGGAUUCAAUCGGAAUGCUGGGAAUGCUGGGGGUGGAGUUAAUCCUUGGGAAGGAGGCAUGAUGCCUGGGCGUGGAAUCUUGCCUACACCUAACAACAAUCUUGCUCUUGCUUCACCACAGGCUCAACUUGCGAUAGCCAGCAAUCUUCUCUCUAAUCUGCUCCGUGGUCAACAAGAUGUACAACCGCAGGUGCCUUCGUUAUUAAGUCUUGGAAACAACUUUGGUGGGCCAGGGCCAAAUUUUCGAGGUCAACAGCCUUUUGGGCCUGGUCGUUUUAAUGACCGUCCAAUGCGUCGUCCUAUGGAAAACCGUCGCUCAGAGCCCUACAAGAUGGGCCCUCGCGCCCGAGAUGGCCCUGCUGGGCGACGUGGCCAAUCUGCGCAACAAUCUCGUGCAAACCAGUCCGGCAAUCAACGUAUCAAUGGAAACCAAAAUCAGCAUCGCAACGAUAAAUCUUCUAAACCAAAUCCUGCCUCUAAGCAAAAUCAAACUGCCACUGUCAAAAAGGAAUCACAGGAUGUUAAGACUUCUGAUUUUGAAAAAGCUGAUACAUCUGAUUUAAAAAGUGAAGAUACCGACGAUGUUGACACUAAAAAACGCGAUUGGAAAGAUGAAAAAACGGAAGAAUCUACAAUUAAAUCUGAUACUGGGGAAGAUCUGGGUCAAAACGACGACACUCCGUCGUCGGGAAAAUCAGGAGAGGCUACAGAACCUCCAAAAGAUGGAGAUACCUCAACUGCAUCUACUGACAAGGAAGGAAAAGGAAGCAGCAAGAAGUGCGAAAUUCGGCAUGCAGAGAGUCGUUAUGCCGAUGUUCCCAUGACCCGCAUGUUUUGUCACGUCUGCAAUAAGCAUAUGUGGGACGGUUAUUCUUUCGAAAACCAUCUUCGUGGACGUGCACAUCAGUUGAUGAUGGACAAACUGGAUGAAUCUUAUAAACUGAAGGUAGAUUUGAUGAGACAUGAAUUACGCGUGGCUGAGGAGCAACGCGAACUUAGUUUGACCAAUUCAAAACGUCGUGGCAAAAAGGUUUCUGUUGACCUAAGCGUUCGAGAGUACUGUACAAUGUGUGAUCUCAAUUUUUAUGGAACCUUGUCAAUCCAUCGUAAAAGCGAGAAGCAUCAACAAUUGAAAACAUUUUUACAUCCGCGUUGUUUAGAAUGUGCCAAGGAAUUUCCAUCUCGUAUCGAAUAUGACGAACAUUGUCUUACACCGACCCACAUGAAAUUGAUGGUACCAGUUGAAGAUCAACGAAAAAGCAAAAAGAAAGAAAAACUACCCAAGGGAGAAUCUGAGAUCAGUACUGUCGAAGACGAGGAAAAAGAAGUUCUAAAAGCAGAAACAAAGAAUGAGAAAGAAGAAGAAUUGCCUGAAAGUACUCCACUCAUAAUUGACUUUAGCGAUGUCACGAGCGAUCCUAAAUACAAAAUACCAACUUUCAAACAAUGCCGAACCAAGCAAAUUACUAUCGGGAAAUCGAUGGUAAAAGAAGUUAGUGGGUAUUAUUGUGAGAAAUGCCGUCGCUUCAUGCUUACAUCUGAUGACAUGACUGCCCAUUUACGAGGAAUCACUCAUUAUCGUAACUUCGUACAAGAAGUUAAGUCUCAAAUAUCUAAAUCCAUGAUUGACGCCGCUGCAAAGACUACAGAAGAAGCCGAAGCAGACAAGGACCAAGACAUGAUUGAAAAGGACAGCGAGGAAUACGAGGGUAAUUGGAAACGGCGUAAAGCAGCCCAUUCAGAAGACGAAGAUGGUUCAGAUCCCAAAAAGCCGAAUGAAGAAAAGGACAGUGAAAUAUCUACCGCGGUAAAGCCAAUCGAUGGCGACAAAAAGUAUGAUCCGUUGGAGGCUGAUGCUGAAAGUGAAGAUGAGAAUCAUGAGAGUGAGGGAAAAAAAUCGUCUGCCGAAAAAGUGUGGGCUGAUAUGGAUAAUGACAUUGAUGUUGAAAUUGGCAAUUUACUCGAAGACGAUACUGGUGAGGAGAAGGUGUCAACUUUAGAACCUCAGAAUACACCACAGAAAUUAGAAAAAGAAAUUACUCCAAUUAUCAAGUCUACCAAUCAAAACUCACCGCGCGGACGUGGUGGCGGUUACCGUUCGCGUGGAAACCGAGCGCGGAGAUCACGUCGUUGAAAAGCAUGUUCAGUGUAUGACGUUUAUUCCUCAUAUUCCAUUAACCAGUCGCAAAGAUUUCACGGAAUCGUUAUCAAAAGAAAUAUGACUUUAUAAGUAUGAAACAUAAGCCGAUCUAUGAUCUGUUGUUUAUGAUGGAAUAAAAAAAAGAUAGUAGCAUAAUUCGACAGAAGAUCUUCCAACAAAGACAACAGGUAUUCGAACACAGUUGUAACUUAUUCACAUUAUAGAAGCAGUAAUAAUCUCUUUUACGUAUGUUGUCACAGAGACAAUAUACAUAUUGUUCUUACAUAUAUAGGUAUACGUUUUAUCUAUCAGUAAUGAUAAAUAUGCGCAAUAGAAAUUGAUUGCAAACGAAGUUUUGAAGGCUGGAAAACUAUUUUACUAUCAUUUGGUUGUUGGUGAAAUUUUUAUGUAUGCCAUUACUACAUUAAGUGAGCUCAGCUAAGUUAUUUAAAAAUUCGUAGAAGUUACACGGCUGUGGUAUAUCACGAUCAAUUGUUUCGUUCGUACAAAAACUUUAUUCGUCUAGGUUUAUUUUUAAAUAAUUAUGAUUCUGAGGAAAUCAUGAUAUUUUGUUUUUAUGCAACGAGAUUUAGAACAAAAAAAUGUCUGUCUAGUUAUAAUUACCUAUAUCUUCAUUUAUAUGUUUCACAUGAUCUCGAAAGUGUAAUAUUACAGGCAGAAGAUAAAGCAAUGACUAACUACAUUCUAUUAUAGUAUGUUUGGAACGUGGUAAUGAAUUGUAAUUUUUAUUUGUUUAACUAAUUUAGGUACCGAAUUAAUAGCCUGUAACUUUUAACGAUUAUGUGAAACAGUACUUUUGUGAUUAAUGAAUAGGUUAGUUUUUUUUUUCUGAAUUACGACACACUUGACUUUCAUUUUAUUUUUCACAUUUGACAAAACUAUGAAAUAAAUCAAUUUUGAAAAGAAAAUAUUGACUCAUUCUGAAUCCUCGCUAACAGUCUCGAAUGUGAAGUAGGUGUUUUGCAAAAGGUAAUACAUAGUAGCAAAAUGUCAUAGUAUAUUACUGUUUAUUACAAAUAGUGAUGGUAAUAGCAUGACAAAUUU